AUCACCGAGGACCACAUGAGGCUUCCAGUCCCUUGCAUCCCCUCCUUCUUCCUCUUCUUCUGUCCAAAUUGCUGAUCACCCUUUUCAAAGAAGACAUGCAAGGUUCUGUAAUGUUACAAUAAAUAUCUAUGCAGGAAUGUCUUCAAUUCUUGGAGCAUCUGUGAGUUUCUUGUAUCUAAACAGCUAAAAGAAUCAACAACAACAACAAAAAACCCCCUCCAAAGGAAUAUCUUGAUUUUAUUAUUCUUCUUUUCUUUGCAUUAUUUUAAUUCUUAUUUUUAUUUCACUACUGAAAGAUCCAAUUUGGAGAUCCACAAAUGGAUAGAUACCUGAAGAUCUGAUCAUUUCAUGUCAAACGUGACCAUGUGGAUACAACAGCUUCUGGGUAUCAGAUCAGGCCCUCCGUUAGGAAGCCAUGCUUGGAUUUUGAUAGCCAUGUUUCAACUAGCCAUGGAUUUCAUUACUUGUGAAUCAGGAUCUCCAGACAGGACAUAUAAAUAUCUACAACGCCCUUCACUAGAACAUAGAACGCAACAUUUUGCUUUGUGGAAUCCAAGGGCAGGACCCAGGUCGGGAAAUGUAAGACAUAUUUGGAAUCCGUAUCCAAAAUCUGAAAAGCAUAUUUCUAAAGCAGAACCACAGAAUCCAAAUAUUCCUCAUAAAGACCACGCGCACAACAUUUUUUCUAGAAACGUGCAGUUUAAACACUCCACCCGAACAAAAUCAAAUAUUUUAACGCCGGUAACAAAAAAUGCACUUAAAAAUACUCAUCUGAAAAGGGGUAAGAGGCAGCUCCAAAGAAGAAGUUGGAAUAACAUAAAGCCUUUCUCGGACAGCGAAAGUCAACCAACCACGAUAUCUGAGUUUAUUUUAUGGGGGCCUACUGGGGAUGAUGAGUUUGUAGAGUCCAGUACAUUUCCUGGGAUUUAUGAGACCACAAAAACCUCUACUUUACAAGCCAGGACAACUUUGGUAGAAACGACGACUACCACCACAACUUCCACAACAACGCAGGCUAAAGGUAUUACUUCGGAGAAUCCAGGGGUCCAUGCAGGGAAAAAAAACCCUGGUAGGAUUAGCACAACGAAACCAUACCCGGGAAACGGAAAAGCCGCUGAACGGCCGAGGAUACCCAGUGACACCUCAGGUCUAGCUGUUCAUCAGAUAAUUACCAUCACUGUUUCCCUAAUCAUGGUCAUUGCAGCACUGAUAACAACACUCGUCUUGAAAAAUUGCUGUGCACAAAGCGGAAAUGCUAGACGGAACAGCCACCAGCGAAAAAUUAAUCAGCAAGAAGAGAGCUGCCAAAAUCUUACGGACUUCACUCCCGCUCGUGUUCCCAGCAACAUGGAUAUAUUCACGGCAUACAACGAAACUCUGCAGUGUUCUCACGAGUGUGUAAGGACCCCGGUACCUGUCUACACAGACGAGACAUUGCAUCAAACUGGAGCAUAUAAAACAACGUUCAAUGGCAAUAGACCCACUUCUUCUGAUCGGCAUCUCAUUCCUGUGGCCUUUGUGUCAGAGAAAUGGUUUGAAAUCUCCUGCUGACUGGCUGAAGUCUGUUUUUCUUCCUGAGAGCAGGGCAGACGCCAUGUUUCUAUUUCCUGAUGGAAAUUCAAAUCACUGAAGACUGUGCUGUCCUGAUUCCAUUAGUAAACCUGUAAAGAAUCACAGGUGUCAACUAUUUUGUUUACCACUGGGACUCGAACAGCAGACUCUAUUGGACAAAUAUAUUUUUAUAAAAAUGAAGUAAGCCUACAGACACUGUAAUUUUGUUCCUAAAGGUAUAUGAAUUUUUUUUUUUUUUUUUUUGGAUAAAAGACAAAAUGAAAAGUACAUCUAUUUGACCAAGAGAACAUUCUUAAACAAAGGACUGACCUUUGGCUGAAUUUUUUGGAUCUGGACUGUGAUUUUUGAACCUGUGCCAAUAAAAACCAUUAUGUGCCAUGAAAGAUGUGGAAGAUUUCCUUGAAAAUUGAAGCUAAGUGUGUUAUUCUUUGAAUAAUGCACCAAAUAAUGGAUUUGGUGAACUGUUUCUAAAGAUAAAACCAUGUAAAAAAAAAAAAAAAAAAAAGACAUUAAUACAACCCAUGAAUAUACAUUUUUGUGACUUUUUAAAUUUGUUUUAACUUUAAUGUUUUGGUUAAUUUAACUUGUUUAUUUUAUUCUGAAUUUUGGUGGCAUUUUAGUAAAGUAUACUAUUAAAUAUUCUUUGAAAAAAAGUUAUUAAUCAAUUGAUAUACUGUGGAAAAAAUAGUUUUUUUCAUGAAAGUUAUUUAAUACUUUUAAAUAAAAUGUAAGCUUGCCUUUGGAUACUGUUAUAUUAUGAAAAUAUGCAACACUAUCUACAUCUGAGUUUAGGUGCAUUUUCCUUUUUAUUGGAAACAAAACAUUUAGGGGGAAAAAUGCAUAAAAGUUAUAUCAGUGAUCCACAAAACAAAAAAAAACAUUAAUUUUUAAAAGACUUGACAAGCGUCCACUAGUCAUGCUGUCAUGCAUUUUUUUUUUACCAUAUAUGGUAAUUGAAUAUAUGAAUGAGCUGUUCCGCCUGGGGUGCCAUAUAAAAUAUCACCAGAUGAGUGCUGCAUCAUGUAGAUAGAGGUGAAAUAAACAUAUCUGUCAUUUUAUUUUUCUCCUCAAUUCCACUUAAAAAAAACUUUUAUUAAAAGGUUUAUUGAGAUACUGGAGAUGCUUUACAA